GAAUUACCCUCCUUAGGAUUGAAGCACGAGAUUAAUUAACUGGGAAUCUGUUUGACUCUCUACCUCUAAAGUCUUUAUUUCAGCUCGUGCAGUUGUCGGAAGCAUAGAUGAACCGUUCCUCUUCCAUGCUGUUCUACAGGUCUUUGGAUUUUUCAACAAAAAUGGGACUUUCUUCUUUGCUCUAUAUUACGCUAACACUAUCUCUCUCAUCACUUGGAAGCAUUAUUCAAGCUGCAAAUUUACCGGACAAAUCUGAUCAUAGCCAAAUGUAUGGAAUCCCAGACGGAUACAUCAAUGACCCAUUCAUCUUGACCAGUAAAGAUAUCUUACAUUCAGAGAGCAUAGGCGACUCUUUGGAGGGCAGUGGACUUACUGGAGAUGGUACAGCAUUGAAGCUCAUCAGUCAUAUCAAUCCAGAGGAGCAUAAUCAAGUCGGCAAUGAAAACCCUUCUGGACCAGAAAUCACAUUAACUAAAACACAGGAUCUCAUUCUACUCCACUCAGAGGCUGGUGACCCAGGAGAGGACAAGGCUAAUACUCAUUCCAGUGUGCACAUUAUCUCAGAGGGAGCUCUCAUAGAAGACAGCCUCUCUGCAGCUGAAGAACAGUUGGAGAAGAGACAAUCAUCCAAAGUUGAUGAAGACCUUCUGGAUCCUUGGAAAAGCCCUAAACAUCCAGUUCAAAACAACAAAUUUACGUCCCUAACCAAGCAGGACUUGUCAGGACCUGGGGUAUCAUGUGUUCUCGGUCCUUGUGUUGUUUUUACAAACUUUAAUGGCACCAAUCUGCUUUGGGAGGAUAUGAGGCGCACACUGGCAUUUGCCUGGGAGCUGCAUGUCUUUGGAUCAGCAAGUCUUUUCAUAUUGAUAGCAGUAUUGGCGAUUAUAGGAACAGCUGGCGCAUGCACUCGUCCUCGUCCCUUCUGUGAUGCCCUGAUCCAGGCGAAUAUGCUUCUGAUCCUGAGUGGUACUCUGCGGGGUGUCCUCCUUCUACUAGAUCCUUACGGCACCCGUCAGGUCCUGUCUCGAGCGACUCUGGCAGCACUGCAUAAUGUUCCCCUUCAGCUCCUCCUGUGGGCACAGGUUACUCUAGCUCUAGUCGCACUCAGAGGGUUGAAUCUGAUGCUUUUCCCUCUGAAGCUGCAGCGCCCGUGGGUGGUUGGAGUGCUGGCUAUAUCAAUAUGUACUUCAUUACUUGUGGCGGACCUUUUCUCUCAAACUUUGUCCCCUGCUCUCCCUCUUUUGCUACAGACACUUUCCCUCUGCUGGGGCCUCCCAUUUUGCAUUGUAAUCCUCAUUAAGUCAUUUUCUCAUUUACCUCCCUUUCUCAGGUCCUCUGUCCCUCAGUGGGUUCCUUCACAGAGGAUUGAAAGGCGAGCAAAGCGAGUUACAGCAGUUUCCGCCUUCCUGGGGGUUCUAUGCUGCAGCCUUCAGAUGCAUAGUCUCUUUUGGCUUUAUGGACUACUGGGGAACUGGAGGCACUUUGGCUGGGGCUGGUGGCUUAGUCAGUUUUCUGCCAGAAUUCUUGAGGUAUCCUGGGGGUUUUCUUUGCUUGUCCUUGGAUCCUGGAUCUUCUGGACGCCCUCUAUGGUUCAAUCAAGGGGUGAUCCUGGGCAGAGUAGAAGUGAGACAUCUAAAAAUCUUGAUGGGAAAAGCUUGUGGGGUUCUCUCUUGGCCCGCAUACAGAAAGGUCCAUUAACAAAAUCUGAGAAAACAUGGGAAGACCUCAUGCCAAGCAACUGGGCAAUGUAUAACCUUACAAGAACAGGAUUCAACAAUAGCACAAUGUGUCCGUAUGAUGAUCAACCAUCAACCAUUACACCAGAAUACAAAACGGAUCCUCGUUGCAACACCAGCUCCUCUGACUCUCAGGCUGCAAUAUUGUGGCAAAAAAAAGUUAGUGAGCGCGAUUGCAUUCUUUCACUCAUAGAAUUUGACAUAGGUCCUCCAUCUCCUAUCAACCUUAGACACAACGUUAACAAUGCCAUCCAUCACGAACAGCUAGUGGCAGGAGGUCUUUUUACAGCUCCUAUCCCCUCUUGGACUGUUGGUAGAGGCAUCCCUGGCAGAGAUGGUGGUGCAACAACUUUCCCCACAGGUGAUGUUAGAUACUGUUGGACAAUGGACAUGGAGUCUGAAGAGCCCCUACAGUCACCCUGUGCUGUUUAUUGUGAUGGUGAUGUUUGGUCUCAAGCCACUGCAUAUUGGACGGAAGAAUCUAAUUCAGCAGGGAUGUAUCCACAAGACUGGACUGAUGAUGAUAUUACUGACCUCUGAGCUGUCCACUUAGGGGAUCCUUCUUUAUCAUCUACCCUUCAUGAAAUUGUUAUUAUUCAGAUGGCGAUUAUUUGGUAAGCUGAAUGCAGUUUAAAUAUUGUGCUACUGGGCUCGAGGUAACAGAAACUCUGACAAAUGAAAACACUUCCAACGAUUAUUCAAGUGAAAACUGAAGGGACAUUCAGCCAUAUCUCAUUGCAAAAAAAACCCAACAUAUUUGAUAACUCCUACCUUUUAGACCACGGCUGAUUGUAUACCAUUCAAACCCCUUUAGAUGAUAGCACUGUUUUACAAAGUUUCGCUAUGGAAUAUGAAAGUUUAAAAAUGAAUUCUGAAACAUCAGCUCACUGGACACAUUUUUUUAAGCCUGGAAGUAAAAGACCCUGAAACUUUCCUAUUGUAUCAUGUUAUAUUAUCUAGCCGCAAUGUUGCAAU